ACCACUAGCAACCACUCAAUUUCCGCCAGAGACAUCCUGGAUGGACGAAGUAGAGGUGCGAACUGUGAGGCCUGGCGAUGGCAUUACGUUUCCGAAGCCCGGAGACAAGUUGAUGACUCACUACAUCUGUCGCAUUCGAUCCACUGGACAACAAAUUGAUUCCUCCUACCAGCGGAGACUUCCCUUCAGGUUCCAACUGGGGGUGCAGCAGGUGAUCAAGGGCUGGGACCUUGGCAUCUGCAGGAUGAGUUUGGGAGAGAAGGCGAUUCUCACCAUUCCAGCCAACCUGGCGUAUGGUCAAACAGGUGCCGGCGGCUCGAUACCUCCAGACACGGACUUGACCUUCGAGGUGGAACUGCUUAGGAUCUCUGCGUUCUGAGUGGUGAGCCGCGACAGUUCUGGAUGGGCAGAAAA